UAUCUUAUCAUAAUUUCAAUGGAUAUUUUUGGUUAUUUAAACGCGACGCUGUUUGUAUAUGAUUGAUACCUAUAUUUGUAUGAAUUUUAGGAAUUAUAACGCAAAGACAUAUUCAGUUAAACAAUAGGCCUAAUAUUUUCAUUCUAGGCAAAGCUAAGCAACAAAACAAACUCUGUAAAAAUGUGUACAAUUUGCCAGCCUUGGACUUUGACUUUGUAGCUAUGGUACCGAAAUGUUUACACACUUCAAAAUGGGUUUUGUGUACAGUUAGUAGUUAAAAUCAAUAUGAAAAGUGCCCUUAUGAAUACGCCGACAAUUUAUUUAAAAUUUAUCAUCUUCAUUUGGCUGUAAAAAUCAUCUAAACUUAAGAUCACUAAGUUAGGCUUUUACUAGGCCUACCAUAAUGGAGCUGGAGUAUCGAGAGGAUGCGUUACAACAGAUUUUUACUCAUAUAUCUCAACUCAGCCUUGACAAAGGCCUGGAGCAAGUUGAGAAACUACGAGACUCUACACAACCUGGAUCUUUUAAACUGCUUCUUAACCAAAUACCAACCAUGAUUGCAGCAGAACGUUCUUACGUCAACCUAGGCUUUGUUACCACAAAAAAUAAGAUAUUUUCAAGGAAAGAUAACUCGAUUCGCUCUAUGCUAGAAAGUUUGAGAGGAGAACUAGUAAAAAUCGAGGAGUCAAGUUCAGAAGAGCGCACUAGUGUCGUCACCUCCCAGAUCAUCCUGUAUAUAACUGCUCGUAUACAGCUGAUAGAUGUGUAUGAGAAGAUGUAUGCUAUGAGCGUGAGCAGUAGGCUGAUGAAGUAUGAAGACUUGUUGUUGUUGGUGGAGAAGGUUGUGGAUACGUUUGCUCUCUCACACGACGCUCUUACACCUAUGAAAACUGCAGUCAGUCUUGAAUGUGAAAUAUUAAUGUUAUUACUGAAAGCCCAAAUUGACAUCCAGAAUUGGAGGUUUCUGUCAACCCUCCUUAACCUGCAUGGAGCAAACUCAAGGAUUGUCGCUUGGGAGAAAAUUCUACAAAGUAAAGAGUCGUGGAAGCUCGGGUUUGGACCGUCGUUUCUCAAGGUCAACCCUCUCCCACCUCUUGUUCAGUGGCUGGUCAAGCUCAAAGUGGCGACGGUUAACAAGUUCUCCCUCUACUUCCACCACACCCUGAUGCAGCAAACCUCACCAGCUGACUUCAAGACUGUCUGUCGGAACCACAACAUCGACACUUACCAGAGGCUACAGAACAUCCAACGCCGGUAUGAUGCAAUUACUGCGAUGUUGCUGUUUGACACAACCGGUGCUACGGACUACGGCCCGGCGUAUCAACUCCCCUCCACUAUGGAGUCUGGCCCUGUCGACCCUUACGUCAUUAUGGUCUACUGUCCAAAGAAACUAGUAGAGCAGUUACCAACCAUCAGUAAGGCUAUCAGUGAGCGAUCUUCGGAGCUGGCGUCUCUAGACCGUGUUGUCUGUUGCUACAGCACUAAGGACCUUUGCUCAUAUUUCAUGACCAGUCUGGACCCUCGAGUCACUAUGGUGUUCGUGUUUGACUCCAAAAAAGAUGAGAAGGAAACGUCACUUUGUAAAUACAUUAUGGAGCUCACUGUCCAGCUUCGAACCAGCAACCAGAUAUUCUCCAAAUUAAAACUGAACAAUUAAUAAGUGUAUAACUAAUUGUAAAUGGUUAAUAAUUUUAUUGUAAUACAGAAUAGACUAUAUUUUUGAUCAUCCAUGUAUAUGUAUAAAAUGGUUUUUAAAUAAAAUAUAAGUUUUGCUCA